AUGCAGCGUGGACUCAUAUACGGGUUGGCAAUUCUUUUCCUAUGCUGUUUCUCAGAUUCUCGAGCUGAGAAGGUGGAAGAAGCAAUACAACUCUUGAUUGAAAAACUAAAAAUGGAUCUGAAAGAAGAUUCCUCUAACAUUUAUAAAGACGAAAUAUCCAAUCUAAGGGAUGAUGUCUCUAAUCUUCGAGGUGAUGUGUCGAAUCUACGAGAUGAUAUGUCGAAUCUACGAGAUGAUAUGUCGAAUCUUCGAGAUGGUGGUCAAUCGGAUGUCAGAGACAAUGUUUUUGAAGUGAUGAAGCAGUUGAAGGAACGCACAUAUUUCAACAACACUAAAAAUGAUACCGACCCUAAGGAUGAUUUUCCAGUUUUCUCAGACGGUUGUAAUAAGUCAGUAACAAUGCUUCUAACGAUUCAGGAUCAAUUAAAGACCUUGCGACAAAAUUAUUCGAAAGAUGGUAGUUCUCGAUCUGAAAGUCAUCCAAUUGAUUUUGGAGGAAAUUGUAGCAAGAUAUUUGGGACAGAUAGUUUAAAGGAAGAUAUUGAAAUUGUGAAGGAACAAAUGAGGAAACUAGUAGACACUUGCAAGGCAGGACCAGAUGAGAAAAUAACUGAAGAACCAUGUAACAAUGCCACUUUGCCUAAAUCAGAAGACUGCAUUGGAAAAUCUGAUGAUGUUCAUAUCAUUAUCACCAAAAGCGGAAACCCAUUCCUUGCAAGAUGCGAAGCUGGGUGGCUUAUCAUUGCACAUCGUUACAAUGGAAGUGUAGAUUUCAAUCUAGAUUGGGACGACUACAAACAUGGCUUUGGCAACAUCCGAAAAGAACACUUAAUUGGAAUGGAAAACAUUUUCUCUGUGCUGCAAAACAAGAAAUACAAAGCCAGGUUUGACCUCAUCUCAUGGGAGGAUGAGAAAAGAUACGCAGAAUAUCAGACCUUUGACAUUAAUGAUGAGCAAGACAAAUACAGAUUGAACAUCGGUGGCUACAGCGGUACAGCAGGUGAUUCUAUGAAAUCUUCAAACCAUAUGCGAUUUACCACCGGAGAUUCUGACAAUGACAAUAAUAAUAGUGGUAACUGUGCCUUGUCUUACGGUGGACCUUUUUGGUAUGACAAUUGUAACGGUGUUCAGGGGUCUAUCUUUGGCGUGUACUCGAGAAGUCCAAGAUGUUCGAAGCCAUGGGGUUGUUUAACUUGGGAUGCUUGGCCUGAAAAACGUCCUGGAGUUGAUCACAAUUACCUUUACUCUUUCAAAGAGGUUAUGAUCAAAAUUCGACCUAUUGAAAUAGAACCUUUAAAAUGA